GGGAUUGAUUAGAUCGAAGUGGGGUCACUUGGCUGCAACUUGAAGCUACGAUAAAUUGACAUUAGACGAGAAGGAGGGGUUUAGAUGGGUUCUACCUUGCAACGGAUACUGAGGAGCCUCUGCUCCAACACGGAUUGGAAUUAUGCCGUGUUCUGGAAACUCAAUCACCACUCUCCUAUGGUGCUUACUUUGGAGGAUGUGUACUUUGUUAAUCAUGAGCGCGGUUUGAUGCCGAAAAGCUUGCAAGGAGGGUGCCAUGCACAUGAUCCCCUUGGGUUAGCUGUGGCUAAGAUGUCAUAUCAUGUACACUCUCUUGGGGAAGGGACUGUAGGACAAGUGGCAAUCUCUGGACAACAUCAAUGGAUUUUCUCUGAAUAUUUGAAUGACUCUCAUUUGACACUUCAGGUUCACAACGGUUGGGAGAGUCAAAUUUCUGCUGGAAUUAAGACUAUUCUUAUAGUAGCUGUUGGUUCUUGUGGAGUUGUGCAGCUUGGCUCUUUGUGUAAAGUUGAAGAAGACCCGGCUUUGGUGACUCAUAUCAGGCAUUUGUUUUUGGCACUUAAGGAUCCACUGGCAGACCAUGCAUCAAAUUUAAUGCGAUGUGAUAUCAAUAGUCCAUCGGAUCUGCCAAAAAUACCUUCCAAAUGCUUACAUGAGGCAUUCCCUGAUUUCUCAGGAGAAUUUGACAAAGCUAUGGAUAUGGAAGGGUUAAAUAUUGUAUCUCAAAACACAAGUAAUAGAAGUGACGACCUUCCAUACAAUUUCACUCCAACAUAUUUUCACAUGGAGAGGACUGCUCAAGUAAUUGGUGGGCUUGAAGCAGUCCAACCUUCCAUGUUUGGAAGCACUGAUUGUGUUACAAGUGGUUUUUCAGUUGAUGUGGUUGAUGCUAAACACGAGAAUCAAGUGGGUAUAAAUGAUAUGAGUAAGGUAAUUUAUGAUGAGGAAACUGGUGGAUACCGAUACUCAAGAGAAUCAGAUCCUAAUUUUCAACAGUACUCGAGAAAUCAUCUUUGUAAUAGUGCAGGCUCAUCUGCUUUAGCAAUGAAGACUGAUAGGCUAAAAGCAGGUCCAUCAUAUCCACAACUUGAUUCAACUGUUCUUACUGCGUUGAAAACAGAUAAAGAUUAUUCUCAUCGAAAUGAGGUUUUCCAACCAUCUGAGAGCCAAGGAAGUAUGUAUGUGAAAGAUACAGAACAUAGGCAGGAGAAAAAAAGUGAGUCAAGUCGGUUGGAUGCUUUAACUGCAUCUUUGUCUUCUUUUUCUGGCAGUGAGCUGCUAGAGGCAUUAGGGCCAGCUUUCAGUAAAACGAGCACUGGUUAUGAGGAGCUAGCAAAGUUUGAAUCUGCUGCAGCUAUACGAACAAAUGAUAUGAGCCAUAGUCACCUGACAUUUGACUCCAGCCCCGAGAAUCUUCUAGAUGCCGUUGUUGCUAGUAUGAGUAAUGGUGAUGGUAAUGUCAGGCGUGAAAUAUCGUCAAGUAGGUCAACACAGUCAUUACUUACAACUGCUCAAAUGGCAGAGGCAGAACCUUUUGUUCAUAAUAAGCAAAGUAUUUUUAGCACAGUUGAUAGUGUGAUUAGCCAGCCGCCUUCAGCAGAGGGGCGUAUCCUACAGAAUCCAUCAAAUAUCUGUGGAGCAUUUUCUUCCAUUGGGUUUUCAUCAACAUGUCUCAGUUCAUCCAGCGACCAGUUUCCGACGUCCCUGGAAAUUCCCAAGAAGAACAAAAAGAGAGCUAAACCUGGUGAAAGUUCUCGGCCUCGUCCAAGGGACAGGCAACUUAUUCAGGAUCGUAUCAAAGAACUAAGGGAGCUUGUGCCUAAUGGAUCUAAGUGCAGUAUUGAUUCUUUGCUAGAGUGCACGAUCAAGCACAUGCUCUUUCUGCAGAAUGUCUCUAAGCAUGCCGACAAGCUCACUAAAAGUGCAAGUUCAAAGUUGCAGAUGCAACACAAGGAUAACGGCACCCUAGGAUCAUCUAGCACUAGCACUGAACAAGGUUCGAGCUGGGCAGUGGAGAUUGGAGGCCAUCUUCAAGUGUGUUCAAUCAUGGUGGAGAAUCUGGACAAAGAAGGAGUGAUGCUUAUCGAGAUGUUAUGCGAAGAAUGUAGCCACUUUCUCGAGAUAGCAAACGUGAUAAGGAGCUUGGAACUUAUCAUCCUCAGAGGCAUCACUGAGAAACAAGGCGAGAAAACAUGGAUAUGUUUUGUAGUGGAGGGACAAAACAACAAAGUAAUGCACAGGAUGGACAUCCUGUGGUCUCUGGUGCAGAUAUUUCAACCCAAGGCCACAAUUAACGGAGUUUUUCUGUACUUAAAAAAGAUUUCAAAGUCUGCAUCUUUAUCGACAAUCUCAAAUUCUUACAUGAAUGCUUUCGGUAACGUGCGUAGUCUUCGGGUACCCUCUCACCAUCUUCUUCUCCUUGGAGAUUGCUCAACUUCACUCUCUCCGAAUCUUCCACUCUUAAAGCAAAUCAUCAAGCAAUGCUCGACCCCCAAGCUUCUGGAGUCUGCUUUAGCCGCCAUGAUCAAGACGAGCCAAACCCAAAACUGUUACUUAAUGAACCAAUUCAUCACUGCUUGCUCUUCCUUUAAUCGUCUUGAUCUCGCGGUUUCCUUCAUGAACCAGAUGCAGAAACCUAAUGUUUUCGUCUACAACGCGUUGAUUAAAGGCUUCGUUACUUGUUCUCACCCGAUUCGAUCUCUGGAAUUCUAUGUUCGUAUGCUCAGGGACUCGGUUUCUCCAUCAAGCUACACGUACUCUUCACUAGUAAAGGCUUCUGCUUUCGCUUCUGGGUUUGGAGAAUCACUUCAGGCGCACAUCUGGAAAUUUGGAUUUGGUUUCCAUGUUCAAAUUCAGACGACUCUUAUUGAUUUUUAUUCAGCCUCUGGUAGAAUCAGAGAAGCCAGGAAAGUGUUUGAUGAAAUGCCUGAAAGAGAUGAUGUUACUUGGACCACAAUGGUUUCUGCUUAUCGCCAGGUAUCGGAUAUGGACUCUGCCAAUUCUUUGGCUAACCAAAUGCCGGAGAAGAAUGAGGCUACGUGGAACUGUUUGAUUGAUGGCUAUACGAGAUUAGGCAAUCUGGAACUAGCAGAGUCAUUGUUUAAUCAGAUGCCUGUGAAGGACAUAAUCUCAUGGACCACUAUGAUCAACGGUUACUCGCGCAAUAAACGAUAUAGAGAAGCAAUUGCAGUUUUCUACAAAAUGAUGGAGGAAAGGAUCAUUCCUGAUGAGGUUACUAUGUCAACUGUUAUUUCAGCUUGUGCCCAUCUCGGCGUGCUGGAAAUAGGUAAGGAGGUUCAUAUGUACACGGUGCAGAACAGGUUUGUUCUUGAUGUCUACAUUGGUUCUGCACUGGUAGAUAUGUAUUCCAAAUGCGGUAGCUUAGAGCGGGCGCUUCUAGUAUUCUUCAAUUUGCCCAAAAAGAAUCUAUUUUGUUGGAAUUCGAUCAUUGAAGGACUGGCGGCUCAUGGUUUUGCACAGGAAGCACUGAAAAUGUUCGCCAAGAUGGAGAUGGAGUCGGUCAAACCUAACGCAGUCACUUUUGUGAGUGUUUUUACUGCGUGUACUCACGCAGGUCUUGUUGAAGAAGGCCGGAGGAUAUAUCGUAGCAUGAUUGAUGACUAUUCCAUUGUCUCUAAUGUUGAACAUUAUGGAUGCAUGGUUCAUCUAUUCAGCAAAGCGGGGUUGAUCUAUGAGGCUCUUGAAUUGAUCGGAAGUAUGAAAUUUGAACAAAAUGCGGUUAUCUGGGGGGCCUUGCUUGAUGGGUGCAGAAUUCACAAGAAUUUAGAGAUAGCUGAGAUAGCGUUUAACAAACUGAUGGUUUUGGAGCCGAUGAAUAGUGGGUAUUACUUCCUUUUAGUUAGCAUGUAUGCAGAACAAAACAGGUGGAAAGAUGUUGCAGAGAUUAGGGGAAGGAUGAGAGAGUUGGGUAUAGAAAAGAUAUGUCCUGGGACAAGUUCGAUUCGGAUAGAUAAACGAGACCAUCUGUUUGCUGCAGCUGAUAAGUCUCACUCAGCUUCAGAUGAGGUUUGCUUGCUGCUUGAUGAGAUUUAUGAGCAGAUGGGAUUAGCUGGAUGUGUGCAGGAAACUGAGAAUGUAUAUUAAGAGUUACCAAAACUUUCUUACAUAAUUGAAAGCUUUCUUUACAUGAGAGUAGGAAAGAGGUAGAUCAAACUGCAUUUUGCAGCAUUACAAGAAUGUGUAUCCAAGAUUUCAAUACAAGAAAGGUUCUAAA